GCAGCAUCCUGUUUUCGCGUCUCCUGCUCGCUGCACGCCUUGGCCCUCUGUCUCCUCCCCUCUCCCGCCCAUUCGGGUCUUCCACCGCGGGCCAACUCUGCGCACUUUGCCCCUUGUUGGCAGCGAAUAAAAGGGGUCAGAGAAAAUUGGGGACGUGGUGACCCGCUGCCAGCUCUAGCCUUUAAAUCCUCAGCCUGGGGAGUUCCACGUACAGCGGGUCGGGUCCAGACACCCAUCCAGCGCGCACCGCGCAGAGGCGGCUUCCCAGAGCAGCGCGGCGGAUCGCGGCGCAAAAGCGGGCUCGGGAACCGAAGUCUACCCUCUGUCCGGGCUGUUCUGAACUCCGCAUUCUCAGCCCAGGGAAAGUGAUCCCAGCAUCUGAGAGUCCAGAUGCCCGCCCACUUGCUGCAAGAGGAGAUCUCCAGCUCCUACACAACCACCACCACCAUCCCAGCGCCUCCCUCCCGGCUCCUGCAGAAUGGAGGAAACAAACUGGAGAAGAAUCCACUAUACUUGGAAGAAGACAUUCGCCCUGAAUUAAAAGAUGACAUCUAUGACCCAAGCUACAAGGAUGUGGAGGGCCCGAGGCCCAAGAUUGUGUAUGUUUGGAGAAACAUCAUCCUUAUGUCUCUGCUACACUUGGGAGCCCUCUAUGGGAUUGCCAUGAUCCCUACCUGCAAGAUCUACACCUGUGUCUGGGGGUUUGCCUACUAUUUGGUCAGUGCCCUGGGCAUCACAGCGGGAGCACAUCGCCUGUGGAGUCACCGCAGUUACAAAGCUCGGCUGCCCCUGCGCUUCUUCCUGAUCAUUGCCAACACGAUGGCUUUCCAGAAUGAUGUUUAUGAAUGGGCCCGAGAUCACCGCGCCCACCACAAGUUUUCAGAAACAGAUGCUGAUCCCCACAAUUCUCGACGCGGCUUUUUCUUCUCUCACGUGGGUUGGCUGCUUGUGCGCAAACACCCAGCCGUCAAAGAGAAGGGCGGUUUGCUAGACUUGUCUGACUUAAAGGCUGAGAAGCUAGUGAUGUUCCAGAGGAGAUACUACAAACCUGCUGUCCUGUUGAUGUGCUUCAUCCUGCCCACACUGGUGCCCUGGUAUGUCUGGGGUGAAACUUUCCUACACAGUUUGUACAUUGCGACUUUCUUGCGAUAUGCUGUUGUGCUCAAUGCCACCUGGCUGGUGAACAGUGCUGCCCACCUCUAUGGAUAUCGCCCUUACGACAGGACCAUUAACCCCCGAGAGAACAUCCUGGUGUCUCUGGGAGCUGUGGGUGAGGGCUUCCACAACUACCACCACUCCUUCCCCUAUGACUACUCCACCAGUGAGUACCGCUGGCAUGUCAACUUAACCACAUUCUUCAUCGAUUGCAUGGCUCUCCUCGGUCUGGCUUAUGACCGCAAGAAAGUGUCCAAGACUGCCAUCUUGGCCAGGGUUAAAAGAACUGGAGAUGGAAGCUACAAGAGUGGCUGAUUUGGGGAUCCCUCAGGUUCCUUUUCCAAAAGCCAGCCGGGCAGAGGUUUAAUGUUCUAUUUAUUAACUACUGAAUAAUGCUACCAGGAUGCUAAAGAUGAUGACGUUAACCCAUUCCAGUACAGUAUUCUUUUAAGAUUGAAAGCCAACAACUCUGCCUUCAUGACGCUAAGCUGAUAUCCUUCUUUCUCCUCUUAUCUUCUCUCUCUUCCAGGCCCAUUGUCCUCCUUCGCUUUCUUCCUGUCACCUUCUUUUCUCUUCCACCUCAUUGCCUCCCAGGUCCUUGGUGGGUGUCCAGCUUCCAAAGCUUAGACAAGCUUUCUGUACUCUAAAACUAGUGGUCUUUGCCCCAGAUAACUCUUCCCUUGAGACAUCUUGAGCUUUAAGGUGGGUGGCUCCAUGCUAGAGAUCUGACAAAAUGGUCUGGGAAGGCCCCCAUUAAUGAUCUCAAGCCCAGGCUUUUGCUAGAUGGAAUGGAAAAACAACUUCAUCUGGCACGAAGCUUCUAAAGCAGGUGAAUGUCAGGGGAGAGAGGUAGCGUGCAUGGUAUGGUGGGUAAGUGAGGAUGGGGUGAGGUGGGAAGCAAGGCAAGAAGUUCCUGCUGUGAGUGACACACAGCUGCCUGCCAAGUGGGUACUUGGAGCCCAGCCACACAACAUGCUUCCUCUCUCUCCUGACUCUGACCUAGGAAUGGCCAUGGAGCUUGGCAAUGCCAGAACACAAAAGCAAAUUUCAGUGUCCCAGUAUGGUGUAGGCCGGGGAUAAAGAAGAAGUGUUUAGUUUGUAGUGAAAGUGGUCUCUGCUGGGGAAGGGUUGUUUCUCUUUAAUAAUUGGAAGAUUUCUUAUUCCACAUAACAAGAAGUCUUGAGGUUGGUGGUUUCCACCACCAGUGAAUCCAGCAGCUCAUGGAAUCGUCAAAACUCUUCCCUCUUUCUGCUGUGCCAUCUUCGUGGUAUUAAUCAGUACCCCUCAUAGUCAUAAGGUGGCUGCAGCAUUUCCAAACAGCCACAAAAGGAACCCGUUGGGGGCUUAGUGAUAUGCCUCGUUGCUUUCUGAAGGAAAAAGCAUUUAGGAGAUGGAGUUGAGCCCAACAUAAAGACGUAUAUGCAUAUAUACUUUGCUUGGAAUAUUAAAAUAAUUGACUGAGAGUAUUUCCUUCUAAAAGAGGGAUGCUAGAAGAGGAGGUGGAAUUAGGUAGGUUGUCUGCUUUCCUCUCACUGCUGGACAGGAGAUGGACAGGUUGGGGGGCAGAGUCUGUAGGCAGCUCCUAAGAGAUAAGUUUACAAAAGGAGGGCUCAAGAACACAUUGCCAGAGGGUUCAGAAGGUCACUGAGUAAGUUAUUGGGUGUCCUUGUACGGAAGCUGGUUAUACAAACAAGGUAGAUGUUAGCUUCAUUCAUCAACUCCAAUUUCUCCUUGAAGUGAGUAAAAACUAGAAGGCUUCUCCCCACAGUGUUGAAUACUUUCACCCAUUCCUUCUGUGUUAACUAACAUCUAGCCUGAAGUGAGGACUGCGUUCAGGGCAAGGAGAGCGGGUGCGAGGUAGGAAUCUCUUAGGCACCCUUAUUAUUGAUUCCUGGCCCUACCCUAUCUGUCUAUUUCCGCCUACUGGUUCUGUCUCCCGCUGCUGUUUGCUUCUUUCUCUGGACAGGCAGCCUCCUUUGUGUACUCAGUUGGCUACUGGUGUCCAGCCAGCUCCCUCUCCUGCAGACAGAAUGCUCAGGGUCACUGAACCACUGUUUCUCUUUAUGAAGUUGAGCUAGCUGCCACCUUCACUUGGCCUCCAGAACUUCUCACCUACACCCCUGUGCUCCUCUGCCACACUGAUGACUCAAGACAAGAUUGGCAGAUCCUACUAGAAACAUCCUUAGCUGAGGCACUCUCACAAGGCAUAGCCAAGCCAAAUGCUCGUGUGCCAGUGAGCCAGCCAUGGAGCAAAAAAGGGUUUGUUUUGGAUUCCUCUGUCUAGGUCAGAACCAGAGAGCAUGCUGGAUGCCCCUUGCUUACCCAAUAAGCCUGCCCGGCCCGGGUCAGUGCUCCCAGCUGAUAGUGCAACACCUGUAGAAGUAGGAGGGAGCCUAGUUUUCACUGGGCAGCAUGAGAAG